AUGGUCAAAUUUCUUAACUCGAAGUCGUCUCGACUUCGAGUUCUGCGCAUGCAGCUUCUAUUCGAUAGCGCGUCGAAGAAAUUUCUCGUUUGGUACAUCACAUCUGAAUACGAUCCCUCCAGCAGCGAUAGGCCAUAUGUAAGUUUGGCGGGGGACUUCAUCUCGGCCAAGCAAGGUUUUGUGUCAAACUUCAAAACUUUCACCGGAGUAAGCUGGGAUGACCGACAUUCCGAACCUAUCCAAGGCAAUUGGAUCUACCUUGAGAUAAGUCACAAGGAGCUCCCCAUCAUGACGAGUGAAGUUGUCAGUUUACCCAAGCAGGUUGAAGAUGUUCUGAGGAUCAUCUUUGAGUCGAGUUCGUUGGCUAAAUAUGCUGCUGCACUCAAAGGCCGCGGCCGCAAUGUCUCUUUUGAAGAUAAAAGGAAGAAAAGGAAAUGCCAGAUCGGAAUCGCAGUUUUGAAGCGGAUACAGCUUCAAACACAUGAUGGUCAAAAUGAAACCAAGGCACUCAGAAAAAAUCUAUCAAAAAUUGAUGUUCAAGCCAAAGGUUAA